CACACUUUUCCCUCCUUCUUCUUCCUCCAUUCCUCCCUCCCAACCAACAAUGAAAAAAAAAACCGAGCUCUAACCCACUAUCGGCAAAAUGGAAACCUCCACCCUCCUCCCCCUCUUCAUCCUCCUCCUCAUAUCCCUCCCCAUCCUCCUCCCCCGCUUCUCCGGCUGGACACGACUCCACAAAUCCUCUCUCCUCCAAACCCUCCACUCCAAACCCAAACCCACCAGCACCAGCGAAGUCGUCUCCCUGCGCAUCUACCCGAUCAAAUCAUGCCGGGGGCUCGAAAUCCCCCGCACAAAGCUGCGCAUGCACGGCCUCGACCUCGACAGACGGUGGAUGUUCGUCGACGCAACAACCCACGAGUUCCUCACCAUCCGCCAGAUCCCGCAGAUGACGCUCAUUAAUACCGCGCUGAGCGACGACGGAUCUCUCCUCCUGCUCUCCAUCAGCUCCAACCACACCACUACUGCCAACACCAACAUCCCCGACCCCUCCCUCUACAACCAAACCAUCUCCAUCCCCGCGCACCCCACCCCCACCUGGCUCGCCUCCCACACGCACCUCGCCCAGGUAACCAUCUGGGACACCACGACAGACGGCUACAUCUACGGCCCCGAAGUCAACACCCUCUUCAGCGCCUUCCUGGGCCGUCCCGUCGCGCUCGCCUACAAGGGCCCCACGCCCCGCAUCCUCAAAGGAAACGGCCACCCGCGCCUCCUCGGCCGCGAACAAAGCACCAAUUUCCCCGACGUGCAUCCCAUCCUCAUCGCCUCUGAGGCGUCCAUGGCGGAGCUCAAUUCCCGGCUACAGAAGAACGGCGCCGACCCGAUUACCAUCGAGCGUUUUCGGCCCAAUAUCGUCGUCAAGGGCGAUGUGCCCUGGUCGGAGGAUGAGUGGAAGGUCGAAAGGGAAGGGGGGUUGGAUCUGAAUCUGGAUCUGGAUAUCGUGGCUCGGUGUGCUCGGUGUGCUCGGUGUCAGGUGCCGAAUGUCGAGCCGGAUACGGCGGAGAAGCAUCGAAAGCAGCCGUGGGAUACGCUCAUGAGUUAUCGUCGCGUCGACGAGGGAAUGAAGUAUAAGCCGUGUUUUGGGAUGUUGAGUGCCCCCCGCAAUGAGGGGGAUAUUGAGGUGGGGAUGCGGUUUGAGGUUUUGGAGGAGACGAAGUCCCAUCGGUAUAUUACUGGUUUUUGAAGGGGGUUGUCGAGGGAAGUAUAAUGUGUAUGUAUGUGUUAGUGGGAUGAAGGGGAGGUGGGCGGAUAAAAAACGACUGUAUGAGUGACGACGCAUCAAUUGCGGAGGAUGCCAGCCUAUUACUUGUAUAUCUACGGUUGGAUCCAGUUCGGAUAUAGAGGGAUGGAUAUAUUACGACUUGGGAUGGAUGGUUUCAUCCCGACUCUGUAGAUACGUGUGUACGUAAGUAAGUAGCAUCAUCUACCUAAGUAACUAACUAGCUCAACUAGGUAGUUCUAGGUCUAGUUCUUCGUCUGCUUUCCAAAAGAAACACACCAGUUGUUCCAGUCCGAG